UUGCAUUUCACAGCAUUGUUUGUGCUCCCCAAACCUAAGGUGAUCUCGUAUCUAGAGCAAGGGGAAGAGCCAUGGGUUCAAGGGUCCACGGAGCUCAAGGACAGUCCUGGAGAGCUGCCUGCAGGAAUAAAGCACAAAAGUGACACUGAAAACCAUCAGCCUAUAUGUGUUUCUGAUUUAGAAAUACAAGCACCAGGAGACAUAGUAUCAAAAAAGGCCCGAGCAAAAGUUCCCCAGAAAACAACAGGCAAAGAAAACCAUGGCGAUACACACAGGAUGGGGAAGUGGCACCAAGAGUUUCCAGUGAACCAAACAAAGGAACUUUCAAUCUGGGAAGAUGAGCUGCAGAGACUUCUGGAUCUUCACAAGAAAGCCCGUGCAGUAGAGAAGCCUUUUACAUGCCAGGAGUGUAGGAAAAACUUCAGACUUACCUCUGAUCUUACUAAACACAAAAAAAUUCACACUGAAGUGAAGCCGUAUAAAUGUCAGCAUUGUGGUAAGAGCUUUAGAGGGAAAUCAGAUCUUAAUAAGCACGUAUCAAUACACCAAGGAAUAAAACCAUACAAAUGCUCCUGGUGUGGGAAAAGCUUCAGUCAAAAUUCAAAUCUCCGUACACACCAAAGAACUCACACUGGAGAGAAACCCUUUAUGUGUUAUGUAUGUGGAAAGAAAUUCAGUCAGAAUUCUCACCUUACUAAACACCGGAGAACCCACAUGUAGCAUCAGCAUGAGAAGCUAGCAGGCAGUCAAGCCUUAUUACACACCAGAAACACCACCAAUGAAUGGACGCUUCUACUUCUUCCAAAAAGAGGAAAUUCACCAAGUACAGCCGAGCCCUGAUGUUUAUGAAAAAAAUACAAAAUUAUGAAGCAUGAAUAAUUCUACAUCAAUGGAAAAUUUGGUGAUAUAAACAUGUUUCUCAGAAAAGAGUCAAGGUUGACUUUGCAGGGGAUGCGUUAAUUUUGUACCAUUUAACGUUUUUACGUGUAAAUCUUCAGGGAAUUCCUUGCAAGAAAGAUGUUCAAAGAACAUUCUGUGUAAGGAAUAUAACUAUUUUGUGAUUGUACCUGGCAGCAAAUUCACCUUCAAAUAGCAAAUACAUCUCUGAAUUAAUCAGUCUUCUGUGAUCAUCUUGUUGGUUUUGCAUUGAUUUUCCAGCGACUUUGAAACACAUAUAAGAGAAACAUCUGUAGCAUGGUCUUCCAAAAGAAAAAGCAAUAACCAGCCUGUUUAAUUGUGUACCAUUGCCUUCAAGGUAGUAGGCUUACCAAUGUCAAGAGUCCCAUGGGGCAAAAAUGAGUUCUAUUGUUGAAUUAUCCAAGAACUACACUGGAUUUUCUUCCUCUCCCUUGUCAUUGGACCCUGUUCCUAGAGUUGGACAUCAUUUGAAUUCCUUUUUUUUUUUUUUUUAAAGUUUAUUUAUUUUGAGAGAGUGAGAGACCGUGUGAGUGGAGAGGGGCAGAGAGGGAGAGAGAGAGAAUCCCAAGCAGGCUUUGCACUGUCAGUGCAGAGCCCGAUGCGGGGCUUGAACUCACAAGCCGUGAGAUCAUGACCCUAGCUCAAGUCAAGAGUCGGAUGCUUAACCCACUGAGCCAGCUGGGUGCCCCUGAUUUCCUUCUUAAAUAUUUUAGCAGCUUAGCUCUUAAAUCCUUUUAGCCCCAUUUUUACUGUGAUGAAAUGCUAUUUAUUUCACCAGUAGGGAAUCUGUCAGAAGAAGGACCAGUGCACUAAUUUAUAUCUCUCAUUUGUAGUGGUUGAUAAAGGACCCAAUAUCAAUAAGAUUGUAUGGAAACGGGUUGGAAUUUUUAGACAUGUUAUAUAUUCCAUGUAAAGAAGAGUUGUCUGCAAUAAAAGAAACUAUAGACCUUUCCCUCUGAUGAUGUCAUGAAUAUUAAAACUUUCCUGGGGCUUAAAGGGAAAUUUAUGGGAGUUCAGGAUCAACUCAGGUUUUUAUUUACUUCUUAAUUUGCCUUUUGGUUUUAAAGCAGAGGGUUAGGUUUAGGAAGGAGUGUGUGCUGCAGGCAGGAAGCGGUUCACUGGGUGUGGCUGAAGAUUGGUUUCCCAAGAGGAAAGUUCGGGAACUGCUGAGUGGUGGGUAAGGUUGGCUGAAUCUACAUCCAUGUUGAUUGUCUUACACUGUAAACUAUUAUCAGUCAGACAGGGUAUACAGGUCUCUGUUUUGCACACAGCAUUUAACGACAGCCUUAGGUGAUAAAUGAUAGAUGACUGAAAAUCUCUAUACACUGUGGAUCUUCCCGAAACUCUUAUCGACAACAAUGACUCACAUGUAUUCCUGUUAGAGCUUUUAGGUAGUAUCAGGAAAGGGUUUAAAUGAUCUCUUCCAAAUGGCUUAUAAAUGAUGAAGUUAAGGCUUGUAAAGUUAAGGUCUGGUUACAGGGACGUGUUCGGGACCCUAUAGUUGGUACGUCCGUUGGUUGUCACUUAGCUGAAUGAGUCAGGCCUGAAGGUAGGAUUUGCAGGAUGGUUGUGUGUGUUAUCCCUGCAGGGCCAGACUGGAUGACGUUGUGUUGUGUCUGUUUCUAGCUUAUAAGACAUUCCUGUGGCUUGAUUCGUUACUGAAACACUUAAGUCUCCACGUUCUCUGUGAAAGAAAACUGUGUUUCGUCUCAAGGUUAUUCUGGGGACUAGAGGAGCUGGUGAAGGAAAAGCACCCCACAGCCUGGCCAGUAGUAGAUGUUCACCGUGCGUUUCUUUCCCUUUCCCCUGCUCCCCAUGAUACGCUGGGCAGACUGACUACACUUAGGAAGCAGGUGCAUUUGUGGCUAUUGGCGACUCCUUUCAGGAAUUGAGCGCUGCUGGUAGUGAUAGUGCUUAGCUGAUUUGGUCUGUGACUGCAGUGCUUUAUGGUUUAAGUCUCAUGAUGGUCUAGCGCCCUCAAUGAGACUUUAUUUUCUUCAAGAUGAUUCAAAUAUGAUUUCGUAAGCACAGCCAGCUCUGAAGCUCCCGUCUGCAUAGCUGUUACCCAACGCCCUCAUCCUUCUACUACUGGUACUGUGUCAUCCCGGGAUACAUGUGGACAUCUUCCUGGUGCUACAUUCAUUCACUUUGAUGGGGAUCUCUCGUGGGCCCAGGCACCGUUCUAGACUGAGAAGAUAGUGAACAAAAGAGCUGGAAAUCCACUCUCACGGGACUUGUAUUCUAGUGAAGAGUAGAGAGAGUGGUUGUGGCUUUCUGCUACUUGAAGUCAGGGUCACGAGGUAGUUUUGGGUAAUGGGUUAUGAGCAGAGGCCUCACUUCUGGGCUGAAGCCUUUCAUUGUUGGUGCAAGACUCGGUAGUGCUCGUCUGCGUCAAUCCGGAAGCCCACACAGGAAGGGGCCACAGGGUCAAAGUAGUCUGGAAUGCUGAGCACCCCGCCCCCUGGCCCUUUGGUGAGGAGCUGUUCUGGAGAAUGUCCCAGACCUGUGAUGGACUUUAUGGGAAUGAGAAAUAAACUUUUGUUAAACCA